AAGGAAUAAACUUUUUUCCGACAAUGAAACAUUUCACAUUGAAGGGGUUAAUAUAGAUCUGCGAAUCCGAUCAUCGAAUCGGAUUAGGGUUUUCACUUUUUUCAUCUCUCUGUCUCUCUCCGCUGCUGUUUGCGUUUUCGCACCCUUUUCUCCAAAACUCGCGUAUGUUAUCCUUCCGUUGAGCUUGUUGGAUUCGAAAUUUUUGGAAUGAUUGCUCUUGAUCUGGUAGAUGUUGGUGGCGCAUGGUAGGAAAUUUCAGACCUUUAUAUAUCUGUGUUAUUAUCUAAAUCGUGAAGGAACGAAUGAGUUUUGCAGCUUUGGGCAGUUGACUUUUGAUUCCGCUUGAAUUGAAUUUUGGGAUCUUCAUUUCGUGUUUUUGAUUUUGAGCUCCCGUUAGUUCUGAAACCGAUGUGGUUUUUGUAAUAUUGAGAAUUUUGGGGGAGUUGAUGGAUUUGGAGAGUGAAAGCUCUGCGCUUGAGUCUGUUGACGAUAAUGGUUUGAUUCAACAAAGUGCCAGCAACGUUGCUGAUGAUGAUGGUAGGAGUUUUGAUAACGGCUCUUUCUCUGAUGAUAGUGUGAAACUUGUUUCGACUUCUACUUGUGUUGAAAUCGGUAAUAAACCCGUGAAUUUUGAUUCACCUGGUGCUGGUGGUUCUUUCUCUCCGGUUUCCAAGGGACAAGGUUUGAGAAAAUGGAGACGGAUCAGGAGAGAUCUUGUUAAGGACACGUCUGCCAAUAUGGACAAUAGCAAAGUUUUGAAAAAGAGGUUGUCAGGUGUUGCUCACUCACAUGGUAAACAGAUGCUGUUUCAGUCACCAGAAGUGGAACAAGGGAGUCAGGGAUCUGUUGGGUCUGUGAAUAUGAUGAAAAGUACCGGUGAUGGUUUUGAUAUACUUGGGAGUACGAGUUAUGACUCUGGGUUUGUGGCAGCGAUUGGUUUUUCAGCUGGUAUGGAUUUAGAAAAGGAUGAUGAUCGGAGUAGUAAGUCUUCCACGGCUGCAAGAGCUCCCAAGGUUAUUAGGUAUGAGAAGCCAAUGAUUAGUUCAGGUCAGAGAGGAAACAUUCGUGUAGAGAAUAGUAAGAAACAUAGAGGAGAAAGGGUUGAUAUUGAGAAGGAAAACUCUUAUUCCAGCUUGGAAUCCGAUUCAAGAAAGCAGAGUGGAAGAAUGAUGGACUACAACAAUGGCGAUGAAGCCGGUAUGAAUGGGGAAACUUCAAUGAGAAAAGAUGAUGCAGGAGGAGAAGGAGAAGAGUCAAUAAACACGAACAAUCGUUAUUCAGAGGAACUGGAUCCAUUAACAGAGGCCAUGGAUAGUUUCUUGGCCUUGCAAGAUGCUCUUGGAAAAGAGGUUCAACAAUUUCAGGAGAUCGGGAAGGAACCAAUGCUACAACAUCAUGAACAAGCCAGCGAAGUAAGUUCACCUCACUCGGAGAUUGUAACCCUAGUGAAAAAUGUUGAACAACUGGAGAUCAAGCUAGAAGAAACAAGGUCCUUGCUUGAGGUGAAAGAAUCACACAUCCGUGAGCUUGAAUCCACCACAAACCAAAACAAACACUCGUGGGGAGGAACAGAGACCGUGGUUGAAGAUAUCUUCCGGCAGAAGGUUGAGGCCGAGAUUGAAUAUCUGAUAUAUUCAAGAUCUAUUGAUAGCUUGAACAGUCAGAUGAAGUUGAUUGAUGAGCAAGAGUCAUUGACAGAAGAGCAAACCCAUGAGACGCUGAACAAGCUAGGAAAAGUACAAAUGAAGGCUGCAAAUUUAACAAACAGCGCUCAAGAACUGCAAAACGAGUGCGUAGAAAUCACUGGAACCAUCAAGAAGAGAGCAUGUAAGAUAACUACAUGCUUUCUUAUACAGUUAGUAUUGCUGCUAACAGUAAUUUUGUCGUUCGUGUCUCAAUUGUCGCCGGAGCUAGAUUCUGUUGUACCCACAUGACAUUUGAUUUUUGAUUUAAACUGAGUUUUGUUUUUGGCUUUUGGUUUUUCUUGUAAAACAUUUCGGCUAUUAGUUUUGCCUCUGGUAAUAAUAUUAAUCAAAGAUAACUCUUGGUUCCU